AUGUCUCACUGCCGUCAACUGGGGCCUAACAAAAAAGAUAGAGUAAUAUUUGCCACCAAAGAGGAUCACUUAGUUCCCAGCAAAGUAAAAUUGCCUCCACCCGAUGCUCAACCAGGAUUAAUCUUGCCAAAUGGGGAUAUAAAUUGGAAUUGCCCAUGUUUAGGUGGUAUGGCUACAGGCCCGUGUGGUGUAGAAUUUAGGAACGCUUUUAGCUGUUUUCAUUACUCAAAAGCCGAACCCAAAGGAAGUGACUGUUUUGAAAAAUUUAAAAUAAUGCAGACAUGCAUGCAAAAAUAUCCAAGUCUGUACAACCAGGAUUUGACAGACGACGACGACAUGAGUAGUAUGACUCAAGCGGAGGCGGAGGCAGAAGCAUCAACCACAGAUUUGAGAGAACCCUCCCCUAGUAAAUGAGUUAAAAUUUGAAAAUUCUUUUACACUUAAUUGUAUAUUAAGAGUUUGGAAAAGUAGUGUAUAUCAGAUAAGCGAAUGAUUUUGAAAUAAAUAUGUGUUGCAGUAGAGUCGAUAAUUUAUAUUUUGACAUUAUCGAUCUACAUUGA